AUGGCGACACUCCUCCCGCCCCCAAAACGUCCUAAACUAUACCACGGUGUUCCAGAGCCUGACAAACCACCCGAAGAGCCUGUUCCGAACGUCGUCGUUCAGUUCGUUUCAGAAGACGAUGGAAAGAGUAUCGCACCUGCUGUUCAGCUUCCUGCUAAUGUGAGCAGGGAGGAUCUGGAGCUGCUCGUCAAUAAGCUGUCUACAAAGGACAGCGAUGAGCCAACACCAUUCUCAUUCUACAUCUCUCUCCCUCCUCCAAAAGGCGGCCCCUCAAGCACCCCAACGCGCGUAACGAUCACCAAAUCCAUCUUAUCCGACGUCCUCUCCAACGACUCAUACAACCUCACAGCAGAAGACAAGCUCACAAUCAUAUGCGCCCCUCAAGCCGUCUUCCGCGUCCGCCCCGCAACGCGUUGUUCCUCCUCUCUCUCAGGACACAGCGCACCCAUCCUCUGCGCCGCGUUCUCACCCACCGGUGCGAGGCUUGCAACUGGUUCGGGGGACUGUACGGCAAGAUUAUGGGAUUUGGACACGGAGACGCCGGGUCCUGCGCUUGUAGGGCAUAAAGGAUGGGUUUUGUGCGUUGCGUGGGAGGGUAUGGAGAGAAGACUUGCUACGGGUGGACAUGAUGGACAUAUACGACUUUGGGAUGCGAAGACUGGUGCUCCGCAAGGGGACGCGCUGAAAGGACAUACGAAGUGGGUGAUGAGCCUCGCUUGGGAGCCUAUACACCUCAACGCUAGCUCGCCCCGACUUGCGAGUGCCUCGAAAGAUGGGACGGUACGUGUUUGGUUACCCGCUUCGAGGAAGUUGGAGUAUACGCUCGGUGGACAUACGGCGAGUGUUAAUUGCGUGUUGUGGGGUGGAGGUGGGAUUGGUGGGAAGGGGGUGUUGUAUACUGCCUCGAGUGACCAGACGGUGAAAGUUUGGGAUCCGAACGGGGGAAAGUUACUACACACCCUAAAAGAGCACGCACAUUGGGUUAACACCCUCGCACUCAACACCGAUUUCGUCUUACGAACAGGACCCUUCGAUCAUACGUCCAAAAAGCCUGCUUCAGACGAAGAAGCCCAAUCCCUCGCAUCAAAACGCUACACCUCCCUCCUCUCCACAACUCCCGAACUCCUCAUCUCAGGCUCAGACGACCACACCCUCUUCCUCUGGUCUCUAUUCCCCUCUCAAGCAGCGAAGAAAGGAGGCAAGCUCAAACCCCUCACCCGGCUCGUCGGACACCAAAAACAAGUGUCGCAUGUCUCAUUUAGCCCGGAUGGGAGGUGGGCGGCGAGUGCGAGUUGGGAUAGUAGUGUACGUGUUUGGGAGGGGAGGACUGGGAAGUUUGUAGCGACGCUACGAGGACACGUCGGAGCGGUGUACCGGCUUGCGUGGUCUGCUGAUUCACGGCUGCUCGUGAGCGCUAGCAAGGAUAGUACGCUCAAGAUCUGGGACCUCAAGACGUAUAAGCUCAAGACUGACCUUCCUGGACAUACCGACGAGGUGUACUGUGUUGACUUCGUUGCUGAUAAACUGGUUAGUGGUGGACGAGAUCGGCAGGUCAAGAUGUAA